GCUUCCAGUCUGGCUUCCACUUCCAAUUGCCCCGCCGGUCGACUCACCGCCGCCCGCCGGUGAGCAGGCGGGGUUCCGGCGCCGAGGCAAGAACACGCGUGCGCAGGGACACCGUCCUGCCGCGCAUUGUUCGUACGUAGCGUAAGCUCGAUGCUGUAAACCUUCGUUUCAGUUCGCCGGCGGCGGUGAACCGACCGAGCCCGCCCCCGCCGCGCUGGUACGACGAACCGCACGCGCCACGUUUUGCCCCCCGCCCAGCCAGCGUGCCCGGCGAUGAGCUCGCCGCGUCGCAGCGGCCGCCCGGAGAGGGCCGUGACGACGACCGAACGCCCCGCAGCGCCCGCGACGGGAGCAGCCUCCCGCGGCAAUGGCGGCGGUGGCGGGAGCACGGAGCGAGGGCAGGGGGCGGGCGACCUGCUGAUUAGCUUCGAGGCCACGCCGCCGGGGCCUUGGCUCGCCUUCGACCAGCCGCACCCUUGGGCGCUCCACCAGCACCAGCGCGCGCCCGCGUUCGCGGCGCACCCACCUGGCGAUCCUUUCCCGUGGAACACGCCCGCGUUCGCGAAUCCAUUUCAAUUCCAUGGUCCAUGCCUGUCGUCGAACGUGCCGUGGGGACCGCCCGGUGAGGUGCCGCUCGGAGGCUUCGGCGGCGGUGCCGCGGCUCCGAACGGCGGCGGCCGUCCUGCCCCCGUAGACAUAGACAUGGUGGUGUCGCCGGAUUGCGACGCUGACGGCAGGGCGUCGUGCCUGCCGCUCGCGAGGCAGGUCGGCCUGCGGGCGGCGGCGGGCGGUGGCGGCGGCGGCGAGACCCGCAACUUCCUCGUCUCGCCGCUGUCCUUCCACGCGGCGUUCGCGCUGGUGGCCGCCGGCUCGCGGGGCGAGACGCGGCGCGAGCUCCUGGGCUUCCUGGGGUUCGAGUCGCUCGACGAGCUGCGCCGCGCCGCGGCGACCGCGCUGCUCGGGACGCUCCGCGACGCCCCGCAGGCGUCGUUCGCCUGCGGCGUCUGGGUGGACCGGAGCCGGGCGCUCGUGCCGGAGUUCGCGGCCGCCGCCGCGUCGCGCUACGCCGCGGUCGCGGAGCCCGCGGACUUCUCCUCGGAGCACGAGCAGGCGAGGCGGCGAGUCAACGCCUUCGUGGCUGAGGCGACCAGAGGGCUCAUCGCCGACGUCCUCCCUCUCGGCUCCGUCGACGCGUCCACCGUGCUCGUCCUCGCCAACGCGCUCUACUUCAAGGGGACCUGGGCCCGGCCGUUCAACCCGUCGGGAACCUUCGCCGCGCCGUUCCAUCUCCCCGGCGGCGGCACCGUGCGCGCGCCGUUCAUGGCAGCGAACCUGUUCAAGGAGCAGCUACUCGCCGUGUUCCCCGGCUUCAGGGCGCUCAAGCUGCCCUACAAGAACGACGGCGGCGGCGCGCGCCAAGCUGCGUUCUACAUGCUUCUGCUCCUCCCCGACGGCGAGGCUGUGAAGAUCGGCGAUCUCUACGACAAGGCCGUCUCGACGCCGGGGUUCAUCAGGAAGCACACGCCGGCGGACGAGGUCCCGGUGGGGCGGUUCAUGGUCCCCAAGUUCAAGUUCACGUUCGAGUUCGAGGCGUCAGCGGACAUGUGGGAGCUGGGGGUCACCGGAGCCUUCGAUGGCGGUGACUUCUCCGGCAUGGUGACCGGUGGAAAUGGGCUUCGCAUCUCAGGAGUGUACCCCAAGGCUACCAUAGAGGUAGACGAGCUGGGAACCGUGGCCGCCGCGGCCACGGCCGUGUGCAUGCAGGAAUGUGCAAGGGUGCCGCGGCCGCCGGUGGAUUUCGUGGCGGACCGGCCGUUCAUGUUCGCCAUCGUGGAGGAGAGGAGCGGCGUCGCGCUGUUCCUCGGGCAUGUGGUGAACCCUCUGGCUUUGUGAUGGAUGGAUACCCAAGGAAGAAAGAAGUGAACACGAUUGUGUGCAGGAACAGCAGAAUAAGAUAGUGACCGACGCUGUAUAUACGUGCCAUGUAAUUUGAAAAGUUUGCUUGUGCUAUGUAGCCAAAAAUAUGAAAUAAUUCGCAAUUAUA